AUGAGCGGGGCGGCGGCGGCCAAGAGCGAGAAGCUGGACGAGGCUCAGGCACUGGCCCGCAGCUGCGCGGGCAGACCUGACUUCCAGCCCUGCGACGGACUCUCGCUCUGCGCCACCCACAGCCACGGCCGCUGCUUCCGCCUGCACUGGUGCUGCCACCUGGGAUGGUGCCACUGUAAAUACGUCUACCAGCCCAUGACGCCGGUGGAGCAGCUGCCUAGCACGGCGAUCCCGGCGCGGCCCCGGGAGCCCCCCAGCACCAUCCAGAUCUCGGUGUCGCUCACUCAGCACUUCCUCAAGUUCGCGCCCGUCCUGCAGCCGCCGCUGCCGCCAGCCUCGCCGCGGCUCUGCGCCAUCGCCGACCUCUUCCUCGACAGCUACCGCGUCAAGUGCAUCAACGGCAAGAUGUGCUACGUGCAGAGGCAGCCCCCGGCGCCGCCGCUCAGGAGCGGGCCCCGCCCGGUGCCCGCCGGCAGCGCCUUCGGCACGGAGGAGAGCGGCACAGCAAAGCCGGAGCACUGCUCGUCCCCCUCCAGCUCCGAGGACUCCGGCAUCAACGCCGUGGGGGUUCACUACAUGGAGUCGUGUGACGAGGACACAGAGGGGGUGGCCGAUCUCAGUUCAGAGGAGGAUUACAGCCCGGAUAGCAGCUGGGAACCAGACGAGUGCCCGCUCCUGUCGCCCUCUCAGUGUGAGAUGGAAGUAAUCGAGACGAUAGAAACCACUGUGUGACCCCACAGGCUGGCAGCAGCACAGCCCAGCUCCCACUUGGGGACGUUGCUUUUGUAGGCUUUCUCUUUUCUGUUUUUCCCCACAAUUCUUCUUUUCCAGUGCACCUGAGGGUUCAGAUUCCGGGAGUGCAGCCGCGGGACUUGCGUGUUGGUGACCGAGCAGCAGCCUGAGCCGCUGGAGCACAUCCUCAGCCCAACCAAAACCAUCUGUGCCUGGAUGAUCAGGCUCAAGACUUCUGCAGCUGAGACAGGCCCUGUGCUUGGGCCGGGCUCCACCAUACACUGCUCACACCAGGAUGUGCACUCGAGAUGGUUCCAUCUGCCAGGAUGUUCAAAGCACAGGCGCUGAGCUGGUGCAGGACUCUUGCCAGCAGCAGAGCAAAGCUGCCUCUAUUCUGUCUCAGACAGCUCUGCAAGGCAUGGCCACGAGAGGCUCUUCCCACCUCUGGCCUUUUUCCUUGUCCAUCCUCUUCUCUAGUGCUGGUGCCCCCUGUCUCAGAGGCUACUGGCACCAUUCUCCAGUAGGUCAGCAGGGCAGGCUAGAGAACGUCCCAAGUGCCUCCAACUCUUCUCCAGGCUAUGCACCGAGCACCUGCUGAGGGCUGUCAGGCUCUGCAACCUCCCCAGCAGGUGACUGCUGGUCAGCUGCCUGGCUCCAGCUGGUCCCUUUCCUCUCCAUGGCUCUGGGGAAGACGUGGCUUUGGCAGCUUUGUGGGCAGGAGCAGGCAGAGCUGACAUGCAGCUGCCUGACCAACACCCUCUGAGGUGGAAGACAGCAGAUGAAGGCAGUGGCUACCUCCAAUCACACAACCCCCACCUCUGCUCUGCCUGCUGCUCCCUCCUGUGCUGUGUGGUGUCACACACCGGCACUCAGGACCCAACAACCUCCAGACCUGCGUUUUCCUGAAGAGUGACAAAGUUUAAAAACAAAAAGCUUAUCAUCAGCCACACCACUGUGUCAGCAGAGCUUGGGGGCAGCCCAGAGGUGCCCAAGGGAUCCAUACCUGCUACAGGACAGCCUGAGGUCAUGCUGCUCCUGCUCCGCUGCACUCGGGUAAAGAGCAGAUUCAGAGUCAUGGGGUAGGUUGGGUUGGAAGGGACCUCAAAGCUCAUGCAGCUCCGAUCCCCUGCCAUGGGCAGGGAGACCUCCAACCAGCCCAGGUAGCUCAAAGCCUCAUCCAGCCUGGCCUUGAACACCUCCAUGGAGGGAGCAACCACAGCCUCCCUGGGCAACCUGUGUCAGUGUCUCCCCACCCUCGCUGUAUACAUCCCUCAAGCAGCUGGCACAUGUGAGCUGCCUCGCUGCUGGUUUGGUUUCAGCCCUGCAGCACAAAACCCAAGGUGGUGCUCAGACUUCAGGCAGCUGGGAGCAGCUGGGGUCAGCCAUGGCUGUGCCGUGGCCAGGACUGAAUUUCUUGGCAUUUGCUGUUUGCAGUGCAGCCCUGGUUGGUGACUGCCAGGCUGCAGUUCAGUGUGCUAGAGGCUUGUCCCAGCUGCAGGGUGGCUUCACAGGCUCAUUCCUCAGUGUCCCUGACCACGUAGUACUGAUCCUGUCCACAUCGUACCCAGUCUUGUUAGCAAAUGUAGACAGCAGUGUGUGUGGUGCGCACAGGGGCUAGGGGUUCCCCUUCAUGGUGACAAAGUAACUUCGUACUUUCUAGACUCAGACUUCCAGACCCUUGCACGUGCAGCUGUGAUGGCUCAGGGGGAGUGCAGUGCUUGCCCCAGGAGCACCCUGGACCCUUGCAGGACCAGCUGCAUUCUCCUGCCAAGGCACUUGGGAUGACUUUGGUGUUCUGAGGGUGUUUCAAUGAAGGCUGUAGUAAAACUAAAUAGGAUUUCUUUCUUUUUAAGGGCAGGAUUUGUCUUUUGUGGUUAACUAAGGUUUUCUAACAACCCUUUAGUGUCUCUGGCCCCUUUACACACAUCCCAUAGGUAGAAGGAAGCAUUAUGUACAAACCCACAGCAUUUAUCCAUUUAACCUUUUCACUGUAACCCCAGUGGGGAGCUGACAGAGCUCACUCCUGUGCCUGCCUGAGCUUCCUUUCAGAGGUGGCUUCUCCUGCCUGGAAGGACUGGGGUGGUGGCUGGCCAGAUGCAUCCUCCCAAGGGGGGGCAGGAGGACCGCUCCUGGGGACACAGUGCUCCUUGCCAGCCCUCACUGCAGGCACCAAGCAUGGGAAGGGACAUCAGGGCCCUCUGAGCUCAGCGUUUGCAGGCAAGCAGGAGCUGGGGCAGCAGCUGUGAGCACAGUCAGAGCCAACUGGGGACUUUCUGACCAAGCCUUCCCCAGGGCUCCCUGCUCUUGCAGGUUCCCUCACUGUUGUCAGGUCCCUUUCCUAACCCUAAGUAAUUAGCAAUAUUCACAUGCUCUGAGUGUCUCCUAACCAGGAUUUGUUUAGAUGUCUUAAGCACAAGGAGCUGCCUCUCCCUUCUCUUGUCCCAGCGAGGCAUCAGUGGAGCAGCCUGGGGUGGGCCAGGGCUGGGUCUGGGCAGUUUCAGCAGCCAGCACAGGGGCAGGUUUCUCCCUGUGCCACAUCACACCCCCAGCUCAGAAACAGGCCCCACACAGAGCCCUGCCUCCUUUGUUGUGCUGCAAGAGACAUGCCCUGGGCUCCUGCUCCAGGCAGGCAGGGGGAGGCUGUGUUCAUGUCCU